GUACAAUACAAAUACAAAUAAGAAGAGUUGUAAUAAUAGUUUCAUUCUCUAGAAUAACUCUCUUCUCAUUUGCUGGCCGAGGCGGUUCAUACUUGCUCCGCCACGGCCGGUGUAUCAUCGUAAUCACCAUCGUUGCCACCGUCGUCUUUAGCGACAAGCUUCAUUAAUAAUUAUCCCUAAUUAUUUCUGACAGUUUUGUUAGGACACAGAUAUACUCUCACGUAUAUUUAUGGCAGAUAAGGCGGAGAAAGCAUGCACAUCUUCGUGCUCAGAAAUUGAGUUGUUGCAGCGUUUAGAACAGGUACCAGUGCCUACCAAGAAGAAACUGAACAAGCAAACAUCCAUGUCUGAAAAACCCCGGAAUAUGUUAUGGGAGAGGCGCAGGAAACAACACAGGAAAAAGAAAUCGUCAGACAGCAAUGACGUUGGUAAUGUGACAGACGAGGAUCUCAAGGAGCUUAAAGGAUGCAUUGAGCUAGGUUUUGGAUUCAAUGAAGAGGAGGGAUCACAAAAGCUGUGCAAUACCUUGCCUGCUCUUGAUCUUUACUUUGCUGUCAACAGACAGUUUUCUAUGAGCCCUGUUCAGAGUCCAGGAAGAGCAUCAUGCCCUGCGCUUGGAGCCUCGUCUUCCUCACUUCCUGAAACCCGAUCCUCAUCUUUUAUCAGCCCCAGCCCUAGAAGCGGUGAUUCAGACCCAUGGAAGAUUUGCAGCCCAGGUGAAAAUCCACAACAAGUAAAGAUGAAGCUAAGGCACUGGGCACAAGCAGUUGCAUGUUCUGUAAUGCAAUCAUCAUCAGGAGGGGGAGGAGCUGGCUAAGCAUAUGUACACGCAGGAAAAUAUCGAAACAGAAUAGGUUUAGCAGAUUAAUGGGAAUCUCAGUUAUCUGAGGAUCAAACAGGAAGAGUUUAGGAAUGGAUGUCUUCUAGGAUUGUUAGUUACUGAUAUCCUUGUAUCAUCAGCUAAGUAUAUAGGUAGCGGAACGAUCUAUUGUUUGAUCACCAUUGUAUGCAAAACUUGUAUGGCCCUCUUUCUCCUCUCCUGUGAGGAAAAACUUAAUGCUCAACUGGUACCUGUAUUGAAUUUA